AUGCCAAGUUGGUCGUCCGCUCCCCAUUGUACCCACUGUCCCCACUCCACGCACUCAUCUGACGGAGAGGUGACAGGUGAAGCAGAGCUGCUCUUUUUGGACAUAUGUUGCUGGCAAGCAAGGUUCAAAAUUGCACAGCAAGAGCAUGGGCACACUGUCCUGGGCUUCGCUGGCAGCACGACCUGCCUCGAGACGCCGGGUCCUGGGGCGUACAAUCCAUACCCGUUCCUCAAUCCGACGGUGCAUCGUACAACCAUCGGACGCCACUUCCCGGACCGCGCGCCAGGAUUUCGCAAUGUAGUUGACAGGAUGCCAGCACCGUGGCGACCGGAGCCAAUGUCGCUCUCACGACUGCAGAGUGAGCAGCCGCUGGUGCACUAUGCAUCUGCCACGUUUUGGGCUUGGCCUGAGCAGCGGCGCAGAAGCGCAGCAGCAUUGAGGCACGAGCGCCAGAUGAACGACAUGACUUCCAAGAGCAGUGCCUCGAAAGAAGAUUCGGGGUCUACGGAUUGGCACGAGGACCUGAUGCACCAGGGCAACACCCUGCCUCGAGAUCCAACUUGGGGAGGGCUUGGAAGGUCGCGCAGCGAUUCGGCCCUCAAAUCGCUUUAG